AUGUCGCGACGCCAUUGGGGUGGUGACUACGCUAAGAGCUUGAAGGAGUUCAGUGCCAAUAACAUUAGGGACACCUUCAGAGUUAUGCUUGAGAUGGGUGUGGUUCUUAUGUUCGGAGGACAAAUGAAUAUUGUUAAGGUGGGAAGAAUGGUGGAUUGGGUCAGACGGGCAUGGCAGCCCUCUGAAGAUCAAUUCUUGUCUGUCACACCAGUUUGGAUGUUGUGGUCUUCAUGCGCACUUUCAUCUUCAGGGGUUUGGCUGCGUAUUAGAUCAGUUCUUUUGGUUGACCAGCUCCAUCUUGGUGGUCUGAGGGAGAAAGUAGAAGAAGUACCUGAAAUAACCCAUAGAGUAUACCUGGAUAUUGAUAUUGAGGAACAGCGCUUAGGUAGAAUUGUGAUUGGAUUAUACGGUCAGGUUGUACCAAAAACUCUUGAAAAUUUCAGGGCAUUGUGCAUAGGAGAAAAAGGUAAAGGUGUUAAUGGAAAACUACUCCACUAUAAGGGAAUACCAUUUCAUCAUAUCGUAUCUGGGUUCAUGAUUCAAGGCGGAGAAAUCAUUCAUGGUGAUGGGAAGGGAUAUGAAUCGAUAUAUGGUGGCACUUUUGCUGAUGAGAAUUUCAAAGUGAAACAUUCACAUGCAGGUACUGUUUCUAUGGUGAAUACAAGACCUGAUUCCAAUGGCUCACAGUUCUUUAUCACCACAAUCAAGGUUGAGGCUGAAGUGUAA